GAAGCGCGGCCAUCAGUCGGUUUGAAAUCGGCCUCGUGUCCGCGUCUCCCUCCACGCCUUCGGCCGAGCGAGCGACAACAAGCAAGUAACAACGAGAAGUACAAGAGUGUGUGUGUUUAAGGCCGCCACAGCGAACCACAAUGUCCACCACGGAGAAGUCUGUCGCUAACGCCGGCGACGAUGAAGUCAAGAAGGGGACCAAGAGGGCGGCUGAGGAAGCCACCGAUGAUGCCAAGAAGCUGAAGGGAGAGGAGAAUGGCGAGGAAGAAGUAGAGGAGGAGGAGGAUCUGGAAGGAGAGGAGGACGAGGACGAUCUGGCGGAGGCCGAGGAGGAGUUGGACGAGGAAGCGGAAGAAGAGGAGGAAGGUGAAGGCGAAGAGGGUGAGGGAGAGGAAGACGAGGAGGAGGAGGAGGAUGCGUAAGGAGACAGCUGCAGAAGGAAGACCGGCAUUGUACCCCUAAGCCGGGGACCACCUGAGGAGAGGACGCACGGCCGGGGGUGCCGAGGGCGAUGGGCUCUGCUCCAGUUUUUAUUAUUGUAUUAUAUUUCACGUACCUGUACAGUCAGUGUGAGCGUGUGGCGCGCGAGUGUGAAUGUGCAAAGAGGCCCCCCUCGCCCCCGCCCCCCCGGCUCCACGGAGCUCAAGCGUCCUCUACCCUAGAGCAGCGGCGACGCCCGCGCCCACCUGCCGCCCACCAGAACCUCCGCCCGCACGCCCACGCGGGUGGUGGGGCCGUGGGAUCCCGGCGCGACCAGGCAGCAGCAGCAUGAGGAGCAGGAGGGAGAGGGCGCGGCACCAGCGCACCGUCGCCAACACACCACUGCGUGUAGUGUCUAUUUUCCAUUGAUACCAAAAGCAAGCAGGGCUCCCUAUUUUAUUUUUCUACAAUGCAUCUCUUUUGAACUGAUGUGUUUUUUGGGCAGUACAACAUAUGAUGAUUUUCAUUCUUUAAUUUCAUAGGAGUGACAAGUGUCUCAUUUUGUGUGAAAGUCAAUAAAGCUUAAGUUGUCUGUAUAUGUGCUGUCUCAUUCUGUGUUCUCAUCCGCCGAGGUAGUGCGACCGGACGAAUAACAUCGUCCGCGCCUACAUGACGAGACCCAAACCUCGUGACUGUCACCACACACGUUUAUAAUAAAACUGAAAAUAGUUUUACUAA